UUACCUAGAUCACCAAAAGCCUCAAGUUAGCUAUGGCAAUGCAUUUAGGGUCUUUGCUGUUGGGUCUGGUGCUAGUCAUUGGCUUUUCAUUGCAAAGUAGCGAAGCUGCUACAGAUCCACCAGUUGUUUGUGACUUUCUCAACAGGAGCAGUUUCGAAACAGGGUUCGUAUUUGGUGCGGCUUCAGCAUCUUACCAGUAUGAAGGUGCUGCCUUUGAAGAUGGUAGAGGACCAAGCAUAUGGGAUAACUUCACUCACCAAUAUCCAGAAAAAAUCGCGGAUGGGACCAACGGAGAUGUUACUAUUAAUCAAUAUCACCGCUAUAAGGAAGAUUUGGCAAUUGCGAAGAAUAUAGGGUUGGAUGCUUAUAGGUUCUCUAUCUCAUGGUCCAGAUUGUUACCAAAUGGAACACUAAGUGGGGGAGUAAACCAGGCUGGAAUUGAAUAUUACAACAAGCUCAUCAAUGAAACCAUUCGCCAAGGUUUAAAGCCAUUUGCAACAAUCUUCCAUUGGGAUCUUCCCCAAGCAUUAGAAGAAGAAUUUGGUGGUUUGUUAAGCCAUCAGAUUGUCAAUUAUUUUAGGGACUAUGCAGACCUUUGUUUUAGUGAAUUUGGUGAUAGAGUAAAGCAUUGGAUUACGUUGAAUGAGCCAUAUACCGUUAGUAACAUGGGUUAUGCAAUCGGGACAUUCGCACCGGGACGAUGCUCUAGCUGGCAACAACUAAAUUGCACCGGUGGAGAUUCAGCACGUGAACCAUAUUUGGUAACACACCACCUCCUCCUUUCUCAUGCAGCUGCUGUCCAAGUGUACAGGAGUACAUAUCAGGCAUCUCAAAAAGGCCUGAUAGGGAUAACACUAGUGUCGCAUUGGUUUGAGCCAAUUUCUGAGGCACCGCACCAUAGAAAUGCAGCAACACGGUCUUUGGAUUUUAUGUUUGGAUGGUUCAUGGAGCCAAUUACAAGUGGCCAUUAUCCGCACAGCAUGCGACUUCUUGUUGGACGUCGAUUACCAAAAUUCAAGGAAGAAGACUCCAAGUUGCUAGCCGGGUCAUUUGAUUUUCUUGGACUAAAUUAUUAUACUACUUACUAUGCAAGCUAUGCAGGUCACAACAAUUCUGUAAAGGCAAGCUAUGUAACAGAUCCUCGCGUUAAUCAAUCACCGGAGCUUAACGGGGUCCUCAUUGGUCCACAGGCCGGCUCAGACUGGUUAUAUGUCUAUCCAAAAGGA